GUUUCGUACAUCCAAGCAUCCAAGCAGAUCAAGACAUUCUCUACCAACUUCGAAUUUGACCACAGCCACCCGACGAAACCCCGAACUCGAACCCAAAAUAUCAAAAACGACGAAGCUACGGUUACCGGAGCCAUCAUGAAGAUCAAAGCCCUCAGUCGGGCCACCUCGACUCAGCAAGCGCCAGGAUCGGAUGUCCAGCGCGCGCCGCGAAAUCUCGCCCCGGAAAUCCACCCUUUCGAACGAGCUCGGGAAUACCAAAGAGCCCUCAAUGCGGUUAAACUGGAGCGCAUGUUCGCCAAGCCCUUCCUCGGCCAGCUAGGGAGCGGCCACGUUCAGGGCGUGUAUAGCAUGUGCAAAGACAAGAACUCCCUCAGCUCCGUAGCUUCAGGGUCCGGCGACGGUGUCAUCAAAGUUUGGGAUCUCACAGCACGCGACGAUGAGGCCUGGCGGACAGCUGCACACUCAAAUAUCGUCAAGGGCUUGACCUUCACCAACGACAAGAAACUCCUCUCCUGCGCUACCGACGGCAUCAAGUUGUGGGACCCGUACAACACGCCCAAAGACACCGCGCCGCUUGCAACUUGGCAAGAAGGCGGGCCAUACACAUCGCUGUCAGUUCACAGAACCGGGAACGUUUUUGCCGGUUCGUCGGGCGCCGGGUGCAUUCGCGUCUGGGAUCUUGAUCAGAGCACCGCUGCGCAAACAAUACAAUGGCCCAACUUCACAGAUACGAUCACCGAUGUUUGCUUCAACCAGGUUGAGACAUCCGUCAUUGGUUCUGUGGCUACUGACCGCUCUCUCAUCCUUUUUGAUUUGCGGACAAACAUGCCUGUCAUCAAGACGGUGCUCCAGUUUGCAGCGAACCGCAUCGUCUUCAACCCGAUGGAAGCCAUGAACAUGGCUGUAGCGUCAGAAGACCACAACAUCUACAUUUUCGAUGCUAGGAAUUUCAAUAGGGCGCAGAACAUCCAAAAGGGCCACGUUGCGGCUGUUAUGGAUGUUGAGUUCUCCCCCACUGGCGAGGAGCUGGUUAGCGGUUCUUAUGACCGCACCGUCCGGAUCUGGCGCCGCGACCAAGGCCAGUCCCGCGACAUCUACCACACCAAGCGCAUGCAAAGGGUAUUCCGGACCAUGUGGACCAUGGACUCCAAGUACCUCCUCAGUGGAAGCGACGACGGCAACCUCCGGUUGUGGCGCGCCAACGCGUCGGAGCGCAGCGGCGUUAAGUCUACCAAGCAGCGGCAGGCGCUCGAGUACAACAGUGCGCUGACGGAGCGGUACUCACACAUGCCCGAGAUCAAACGCAUCCGCCGCCACCGCCACCUGCCCAAGGUGAUCAAGAAGGCGGGCGAGAUCAAGCGCGACGAGCUGGGGGCCAUCACGCGGCGCGAGGAGAACGAGCGCAAGCACUCGGACAAGAAGUUCCAGAAGCGCAAGGGCGAGCGGGAGAAGGCGGUGUUGGUCAAGCAGCAAUAAUGCAUGGUUUAUUUGGUGGCAGUGGUGGUCAUGAUUUGGUCGAGGGGCGGCUGGGUGGGUUGCCAGUAUUCUGCAUUGGGCGGCGUUUUGGGUGUUGCUUGGGAGGUAUGUCCUUGGAGGCUGGGUCUGAUACCAUCCGUGUCUGGCAUUGUACGCAUGUAGAUGAAAAACGCUUGGUAAGUCGUUGGGACUAUCAGUUUGGUUUUUGCGCGCGUUUCAGAGGGCCUUCAUGCAAACGGAGAAACGGGCCGUGAUCGACGUCGUUUUGUUCGUGUAUGUUGGGAAGACACGUCGGCGAGCUAUCGUUGUCGGGUAGCUAACACACACUCACAUGCAUAGGACAACGAGUGAUGAAAGUAUAAGUGUGGUCUACCUAAAAUAGUUUCGGUUUGCAACUUGGAGAUCAGUGGUCG